AUGUCGUCCGUUUCCAUACCUUCUUACGCCUCAUCCCGCAAGCGAUCCUCUUCGAAGACACAACAAAACUUCCAUCCAAUGAAUUCAACCUCGAUAUCAGAGUUAACUUCACUUUCAUCCCUAGAAGACAACAAUCACAAUGGUUUGAGCAAUGGGAAGGGAAGCCAUGUCGGUAAUGGUGACAUUCAAGAAUCGCAAAUAUCGUUGAACUUGAACUCAAACCUAAGCCCUCAGUUGUCAAACCCAUCCUCUAUCUCUUCAUCAAGUGAUGUCUCGAGUUUCCCAUCCUCAACCGCUUCGGAAUCGCAACGAUCCUCCAAGCCUCCUAAGCCUCUUUCUUUGAUAACAGAUAUCAAUCAAAAAGAUCAUAGUAAUGUAGUCACCCCAAUCGUGACACAGAAGCUAAUACCGGCAAACCAACAGCCGCCCAAAUCCAUCCUAUCGAGAAAACCACUACCUACAGACAAUACGUCGCUGUCAAAGCCAAAAAUCAUCACAAACAACAAUAAUAAUAUCACAAGCAGCAGCAGUAGUGCCUCAAAGUCAAGCAGCAGCAGCUCACCAGUCCCCAACCUAAAGAAGUUUGUUCACGUUGUCCGGUUAAUUUCUCCAGAACAGCCUGAUGAAUACCUCAAAGUGUUGAAUAUACCUAUAUACCCAGACACUUUGAAGAUUGGACGGCAGAAUACUCCUAAGACCAGUAACAAGAUCACUGAUGGGUAUUUUGAUUCUAGGGUUUUGAGUAGAAAUCAUGCUGAAUUGUUCAUAAAAGACAAUCAGCUAUAUAUCAGAGAUUUAAAAUCCUCAAACGGCACAUUCAUCAACGAUUCAAAACUGGAACCAUACAAGGACUACAAGCUGUCAAUUAACGAUAAAAUUGACCUAGGUACUACUUUGGAAAGUCAAAUGGCACAUAAAAAGAUCACGUGCAUAAUUAAAGAGUUUGAUUAUAUUAGUUUGAAAAAAUUCGAUAAUAUGGUUGAGGAAAUAAAUAACAAGGAUGACUUGAUUACCAAAAAGAUGGAGUUGUUCAAUAAUACGUUUGAUGCUCUAUUGUUUGGUGAAAUAGUUGACGAUAUUGUCUUAGGUAUUGAUGACUCAAACUCGUGCGAUUUGAAUUUGAACGAUGACUUGUUAGAUCUGAUCAUAUCUGAUAAAAGCAGAAGUCAUACUGACAGUAAAGCAGACACUAAGACAAAACUGAAGUCUUCUUCCAAGCAGUCGAAGUUGGAUACUAAAUUUGUUCAAGGCUUAGAUCUCAAGCCAUCACAAACACCACAAGAUGUUGUCAAAAAAUUAAUAACCGCGGUUAAUAAUGAAUACAUUCAGCAACAAAGAUUGAAAGAAAUGAACAUGUUUCUGAAAAACUAUAAUAACUCAGUGGCUGGCUCCCACAGCACUUCUGUUUUCAAGCUGUAUGAUAAACUUCUCAAAAACGAAAAAGGCAACACUGAUAAUGUCAAUGGUGAUAGAAUUAGUAAUGACAAUAGGAAUAACACAGGCAAACCUAUGAUCUCCACCCCUCCUUUGUCUCCCACUCAAAAACAACUAAAAUACAGUCGUAUGGAAGAUCAGCUCAAAAAUUCAAUGGCUGAACUUGAUAUAGCACGUCAACAUUUGUCGACUGCAAAGUCCAACGAAUCGAAAAUGAAAAAAUUUGGAAUUGAAAAUGAAAAUUUGAGGAAGCUUCUAGGAUCAUCUGAAAGCCGCAUAAGUGACUUAGAGGAGAAGUUAAAGACAGUCUCUCAAACUAAUGAAGUCAAGGAUUCUCAGCUAGAAAGGCUGCAGGAUGAACUUCAACAGCUCAAGAAAAAACAAGAACAAAAGGAGAAGCAAAUGAAAACAGAAGAUUUGGACUGCAAGGAAGAUGUUGUAUACGAAGAGCCUGAAGUUAGAAGUCGAGACGAUGUCCGACAUACGGUAGAUGAAAGCACCGAUAAAGAAGAGAGUAUAACAAAUAAUGUAAAGCAAUUGCUGCAGGAACUGUCGUCCGGUAUUGUCAGGUAUAGCGGCUGGAUUAUUCUCUCAGUAGCACUUGUCUACUGCACAGGUCCUAUAAGCGUGAAAAGUAUCACGGAGCUUGUUUCUCAUUAG